UACUAUGAUAAAAUGGUUUUCAAAACGAAAAUACCAAAUAAAUUGUAUAUGCAUUUAGGUCACCUAAGUACACUUUUUAUCAAUUCCAAACUAAAUCGAUCGAUAAUGCAAAUUCCUGGAAGCACCCGCAUUCUAAGAAAACCCAAAAUGAGGGUGGAUCUCGAUAUAUAAAGGCCCUAAUUUGUGAGGCAGCAGACAGGUCAGGUGUGAACGGCAUCAGCAUGAGAUUCCUUACCAUUCCGGCAAUUUCGCUCCUGGUGGCUUUGGUGGCCAUCAGCCAGGCGGAUGACAGUCCAGGAUUCUUCCUGAAGAUCACCAAGAACGUGCCGCGACUGGGAAAACGAGGCGAGAACUUUGUUAUGAAGAACUUGAAGACCAUUCCCCGAAUAGGACGAAGUGGGCAGACCUCUGUGACUCCACUGUUGGCCUGGCUCUGGGAUCUGGACACGUCUCCCAGCAAGCGACGACUGCCCUCCGGGGGGGAUGCGGUGGCAAAGGAGCAGGAACUCAAUGUGGUGCAGCCCGUCAACUCCAAUACGCUGCUGGAGUUGCUCGAUAACAAUGCCAUCCCCAGUGAGCAGGUGAAGUUCGUCCACUGGCGGGACUUUGAUCGUGCCCUCCAGGCGGACGCCGAUCUGUAUGCCAAGGUCAUCCAGCUGGGCCGUCGUCCGGAUCAGCACCUCAAGCAGUCCCUCAGCUUCGGCAGCUUUGUGCCCAUCUUCGGCGAUGAUCAAAACCCGGCCUUCAUGAUGUACAAGAACAACGAGGAUCAGGAGCUGUACGGUGGCGGUGGCAAUCGCUACGAUCGCAACUUCCUGAAGUACAACACCCUGUGAGGGGCGGAGCAGCAAGUCUUCGCCCAAAUUGACAACAAAAGCUAUUUAGUCGUGGAAUCCAACAGGUUUUUAUACUCCAAAAUCUAAGAAGUAUGAAACUGUAUUCAAAACUUUAUAAACAUAUUACUGCUUUGCUAGUAGCAAAUAUAUAUUCCGAAUCUUUAAUAGGUUCAUGCAAUCACA